AUGAAGACCACAUUCGUUACUCUCGCUGCUGCUCUCUUGAGCACAGCUUCGGCUCGCCAGGUCUACGAACGUCAGAUCUACACCAACUCGUCCUCGUCUAUGGUGGGCACUGGCAGCAGCAGCAUCAUGUCGAGCACCAGCUCUGUCGACCUUACUAGCUCGUCAGGCUCCUCAACUCGCUCGGUGUCCCGCUCCAGCGGAUCUGGAUCGGCAACCUCGUCCUCUGCAUCUGCAAGCUCGACCGCAUCUCCUUCCGUCACCUCCAUCAAUGGCGCUACAUUCAAAGUCGAGUCUAACACCAGUUACUCUGGCAACACCUUCGAUGUCGCUCUCUCCAAGAGAGCCGGCGAGACUCUGCAGUCCUGCCUCUCGGCUUGCGCAGCAAACCAGGAGUGCGUAGGCACCGCCUUCGAUGACAACGAUGACACGUGCACAUACUACAGCUCCAUCACUGCUGGAAGCCGCGUCGAUGCUCCUGGAGUCACCUUUGCCACUGUCACCGGACGUGACGGCCAGAACGGCCAGAACAGCACCAGCUCUGCCAGCUCAAGCUCUUCCUCCACCGGAUCCAUCUCCCUCAACUCGACCGCCUCCAGCACAAGCUCCUCUGCCAUCGCCACCCCCACUAGCGUCGAGAACUUCAUCUGCCCUCAGCUGAACGGCGGUGUCUUCACCAACGCCUUUGAUGCUUCUUUCGUCAUUGAGUGCGGUCACGGUGUUAUCGGUACUUCCCUCGAGAUUGAGGCUUCCCGCAAGCGUCAAGCUACUGGCCUUCCCACUUCCCUGAGCAACUGUGUCGAUCUCUGCUCGACCGACUCUGCCUGUGUUGCCACCACCUUCAACAACGCCGAUAGCACUUGUGCUUUCUUCAGCGACUUCCAGCUGUUCGUUGCUGAGAACCUUGACUCUGCUCUUCGCAUCGGAAGCAACAACGGUGCCGAGACCACCCAGACCGUCACCGUCGUCUCCACCGUUGUCCAGACCUCCACUGUUCUUCUUGAGGGCGGCUCGUCCACUGUCCAGACCGGCACAUUGACCCUGACUGCCACUGAGACUGUCUGCCCUAAGUGUGCCAUUACCAGCGUUCCUUCCGGUGCUGUCGGAGGCUCUCUUUCUACCGCUACUGUUUACGCCACUACCGUUGUCACCAUCUCUUCAUGCGCACCUACCGUCACCAACUGCCCUCUUAAGAAUGGCCAGGGUAGCGCUGUUGUUACCACUGUUGUCCCUGUUUCCGAGACCGUCUACCUUUGCCCCUACCCUACUGGCGGCAACGUGGUCACCGCUCUUUACGGCGCUGUUACCGAGAAGUCUGUUGUCACCAGCACUGUCUACGAAUGCCCUGCUGGACAGACCAUCACCGUUUCCGGUACCCAGAUGGUUCCUGCUUCGGCCACCACCAUCACUGAGUACUACACCACCCAGGUCACUCAGUCUGCUACUGGAGCUCCUCCUGCGAUGACCGGCGACAACUCUGGCAAGACUAUCGUCUACGUUCAGCAGCAGGUUAGCGUUGGUGUCACCGCCACCUACACUCAGUACGUUGUUGUCUCGACCGCUCCUCCCGCUCCUCAGCAGACCACUGCCGCCGUCACUCUUCCCUGCGACGGUGUCCACUGCCCUGCCGUCAACACCCAGGGUAACCCCGUUACCACCACCUACAAGAUCACCAUCAACAGCGUGAUCCCCCAGCAGUCCGCCCCUGCUUCUUGCAACGGCCAGUGCCCCUCCGGCAUGACCGGCUCUGCCAAGUCCAGCAUGGCUACCGUCACUGCCACUCCUUCCAAGCCCAUCGCCUUCACUGGUGCUGGUUCGGUCGUCAGCGUUCAGAGCGGCGUUGUUGUCAUGGCUGCCGCCAUCUUCUCCAUCUUCCUUUUCUAA